ACGUGGGUGGGGGAAGCUGAGCGCUGAGACCUAGGGCUAAAGCUGGGAGGUGAGUCUGUCACCUUGAGCCGGGCGAGCGCUGUGGGCCGAGCAGGGGCUGCAGGGCAGUGGGAGUGCAGACUGAAAAAAUGCAGACCACCAGGGCAUUACUCAUUUCUCCGGCUCUGAUCCGCUGUUGUACCAGGGGUCUAAUCAGGCCUGUGUCUGCCUCCUUCUUGAAUGGCCCAGAGAAUUCAUCUAAACAGCCUUCCUACAGCAGCUCCCCACUCCAGGUGGCCCGACGGGAGUUCCAGACCAGUGUUGUCUCCCGGGACAUUGACACAGCAGCCAAGUUUAUUGGUGCUGGGGCAGCCACAGUUGGUGUGGCUGGUUCAGGGGCUGGCAUUGGAACGGUGUUUGGCAGCUUGAUCAUUGGCUAUGCCAGGAACCCGUCUCUCAAGCAGCAGCUCUUCUCCUACGCCAUUCUGGGCUUUGCCCUGUCUGAGGCCAUGGGGCUCUUCUGUUUGAUGGUCGCCUUCCUCAUCCUCUUCGCCAUGUGAGGCUCUGUGGGGUCCCCUGCCUGUCCCUGCUGCAGCGACUCCAUACCAUUCCUGGUGCUGGGGUGUGCUAAGCUUUACCAUUAAACAGAAUGUUUCUCUAAA